AUGCAAUUGUCUUGGAAGGAUAUCCCUACGGUUGCGCCUGCAAAUGAUAUGCUGGACAUUGUCCUUAACAGGACGCAAAGAAAGACGCCUACUGUUAUUAGACCUGGUUUCAAGAUUACUAGAAUCAGGGCUUUCUACAUGAGAAAGGUGAAGUUCACUGCUGAGGGUUUUGAAGAAAAGUUCGAUGAUAUCUUGAAAGGUUUUCCAAACAUUAAUGAUGUGCAUCCUUUCCACCGUGAUCUGAUGGACACAUUGUAUGAGAAGAACCAUUAUAAGAUUUCCUUGGCUGCUGUUUCCCGUGCUAAGACUCUGGUUGAGCAAGUUUCUAGAGAUUACACUAGAUUGCUGAAGUUUGGUCAGUCUCUUUUCCAAUGUAAGCAGUUGAAGAGAGCCGCUUUGGGUAGAAUGGCUACCAUCGUCAAGAAGUUGAAGGAUCCACUAGUGUAUCUAGAACAAGUUCGUCAGCACUUGGGUAGAUUGCCAUCUAUUGAUCCAAACACAAGAACUCUGUUGAUUUGUGGUUAUCCAAAUGUUGGUAAGUCUUCAUUCUUGAGAUGUAUCACCAAGUCUGAUGUCGAGGUCCAACCAUAUGCGUUCACAACAAAGAGUUUAUAUGUUGGUCAUUUUGACUACAAGUACCUGCGUUUCCAAGCUAUUGACACGCCGGGUAUUCUGGACAGACCAACUGAAGAAAUGAACAACAUUGAAAUGCAGUCUAUUUACGCUAUUGCCCACUUGCGUUCCUGUGUCAUGUACUUCAUGGAUCUUUCAGAACAGUGUGGUUUCUCAGUUGAAGCACAAGUUAAAUUAUUCCACUCCAUCAAGCCAUUGUUCGCUAACAAAUCUGUUAUGGUUGUUAUCAACAAGACCGAUAUCAUAAGACCAGAAGAUCUAGACGAGGAACGUGCUAAAUUGCUACAAACUGUCACGGAACUUCCAGGUGUUGAGAUCAUGAGUGCCUCUUGUCAGUUGGAGGAUAACGUUAUGAACGUUAGAAACAAGGCUUGUGAAAAGUUGUUGGCCUCCAGAAUUGAAAACAAAUUGAAAUCUCAAGCUAGAAUCACAAAUGUCUUGAACAAGAUCCAUGUCGCUAAGCCUCAGGCUAGAGAUGACGUUGAAAGAACUCCAUACAUUCCUGAAGAAUUCAAGAAACUAAAGAAAUAUGAUCCAGAGGAUCCAGAAAGAAGACUCUUGGCCAGAGAUAUCGAAGCCGAGAAUGGUGGUGCUGGUGUCUUUAACAUUAACUUGAAGGAUAAAUAUAUUCUUGAUGACGAUGAAUGGAAGAACGAUAUAAUGCCAGAAAUCAUGGACGGUAAGAACGUCUACGAUUUCUUAGACCCAGAUAUUGCUGCUAAGUUGCAAGCUCUAGAAGAAGAAGAAGAAAGAUUGGAGAAGGAAGGUUUCUACGACUCUGAUGAGGAUGAAAGCUACGGUGGUUUCGAUCAAGAGGAAAUUGAUGAGAUCAGAGAAAAGGCUGAUUGGAUCAGAAACAAGCAGAAGAAGAUGAUUGCCGAGGCUAGAAACAAAAAGUCUUUGAGAAACAAGGCCAUGAUGCCACGUUCAAAACUUGUUAAGUCUUUCGGUGACAUGGAAAAGCAUAUGGCAACUUUGGGUCACGAUAUGUCUUCUUUGCAAGACAAGCACAGAGCUGCCGCCGAAAAGAGCAGGUAUGUUGAGACGGGUGCUGAUGUUGUCUUUGGACAAAAUGACAGCAUGGCUUCUGGAUCAAACGGUGGUAAACUAAGACAAAGCGACAGACUAUUGGAUGGUGUUGCUGAUGGUUCUAUGAGAAGUAAAGCAGACAGAAUGGCCAAGCUACAAAGAAGACAAAGAAACAGAGACGCUAGACAAGGUGAAGCCGACAGACACGCCACUGCUUCUCUACCCAAGCAUUUGUUCAGUGGUAAGCGUGGUAUUGGUAAGUCUGAUUUCCGUUAA